AUGAACGAUACAUUCAAUAAUUCACAAUCGGGUCAGACACUAUAUUAUAAUAAUCAUUCAAACUCAACAUCUUCAUCAUCAAGUGGAGGUCAAAAUAAUAAUCAAUUAAAUCAUCUUAAUGGUAAUAAUAAUAAUAAUAAUAAUACUAAUAACUCAAAUAAUAAUAAUGUAUUAAAUAAUGUUGCAAAUAAUUCAAAUCAUGGAGAUCAAACAAAUGGACAUAUAAGUAAUCAACAUAUUAGGGGAAGUAGUAGUCGACAGUCGAAUAGUGGAAAUAAUCAAACAAAUGAUCCAUCAAAUAAUCAACAACAAGGACAACAACAUACUAUAAAUGAUUUAUAUCAAUUAAUUAGUCAAUUACAACAACAAAAUACAAUUAAUAAUCAAAUAAUAAUGAAGAUGAAUUUUAUGUCUGAUUCAAUUGAAGAAAUUAAAAGAAAUCUUCUAAAUUUACAUCAACAAUUUAUGUUUACUUUACAAAAUAAUUCUCUGAAUAAUUCAAGUUCAUCAAAUGUUAACAAUAUGUUUUCAAAUUCAAAUUUAAAUAAUCAAUUUAAAACUUUUGAAAUUUUUACAAAACAUUUAAAUAAAUUAAAUAAAGAAAUUGAAGAAAUUAAUAGUAGUGGACAAAAUUUGAAUCCAAAUUCACUUCAGCCGCAACAACAAGCUCAACAACUGGGCCAACAACCAUCACAGCAAACACAACAAUCUCAACAACAACGACCUCAAGUUUCGCAACCACAACAACAACUGCAAAAUCCUCCAAGUCAACAAGCACAGCAACAGCAAGGACAAAGCUCACAUUUACAAAAUCAACAUCAAAUUUCCACUAACAGUGUAGAAGAUGACAGCAGGAAUCAUCAGCAACUACAAAAUAAUCAAUCACAUACCCAGAAUGGAACUUCUUUUGAUGAUGAAGUCGACUUGACAAGAAAAAAUUUAGGUUUAAGAUCACCAGCUCCAGGCUCAACUGCAACGUCUCCAUAUGUUUUUGAAUUAGGAUUUUCAUCAAGAGGUUCAAAUUUAAAUGGUCAUAUAACAUCUCCGAUCAAUCAACCACAAAUACCCAACAAUAAUCAACAACAACAACAGAAAAGACUGAAAAAUUUUAAAUCAUCUCAACAAAAUAAUAAUAAUGCUCAACACCAACAUCAACAAAAUCAUCAACAUCAACAACAACAACAUCAUUUACAAAAUCAACAUCAAACACAAAGAUUACCAAUAAUAUCUCAACAAAAUAAUCAAAAUUCAAAUUAUUCAAAUUCAUAUAUGUUACCUAUGCCUCCUUUAUUAAGUGAGGAUAAGUCAAAUAAUUUAGCGCCCCAUGAUCAAUCAUUACAAUUUUUAUUAUCAAGAGAAAGUAGUGGAAUGAUGACUUCAGCUUUGAGACAACAACCAUCUCAUACAAGACCUAUGCCUCCACAACCUUCAGCUUCAACUUUUUCAUUUGAUGAUAAUGAUAUUGAACAAAGUAUUGAUGAUUUAGAACAGCAAACUCAAACAGGUACAAGUGCAACUACUCAACCAACUACAAAUUCUUCUUCUAGUAAUCAAAAUAAUUUAUCUGAUCAAGCACUUUCAAAUGGUAUAAACAAAAAUUUUAAAAAGAGAAAAUUAUCACCGGAUUUAAAAUCUUCCAUAAGUACAAAUGAUGUACCUCAAUAUAAAUUAGAAAGAAGUUUAAAAGCUCUUAGUGAUAUAUGGAAAGAAUACGCUUAUGGAGUUAAUGAUAAACCUCCUUUAAAGUCUUUAGAAUCAAAAUAUGGAACUAAAUGGAGAAAUGAAACUGAAUCAAGAACUUUUUUACGUAGGAAAAAAAUUUAUGAAGCAAUUGAAAUUGGUACUAAAAAAGGUUAUAGUGAAGAAGAUGUUAUUAAUGAAUUAGAAAAUUAUAGAAGUUAUGAUAAAAAUGGAUCUUUGAAAAAAAGACCAUUAUCUUGGUUAAGUUCAAAUAUGCCUGAUAAAUUUAAUAAUCCUGCUACUGAUGCAUAA